CUUUAAAUACCAACUCUGCAGCUCCGCUGUGGUAAAGCAAGAGGCUGCCAGUGUGGAAGCAGGGACAGAUGCGGACCCGGAGCGGCUCCUCGAGGACGACCGACACGUUGGGCUCUACGGCGGAGUCCGAUGGAAAGCCAAACGGGGGUAGGCGGUUUAAUCUAAAACUCCCGAAGUUGAGGGGAAACGCCAAAGGAAACACCAGCGCCCCUGAUGUCCCCCAUGCCUCUGCAGGCUUUGACCCCGUCGGUGCGGAGAUCACGUUUGAAGAGAACAUGGCGCGUGGGCGCCUGUCUGAAGCAAGCCGGCAGCUGAUCGUCACGGAGGAGCGGCUCUGCGGGGAGGGAAGCCAGACGGAUGCGUUUAAAUCCUGGGACGACGAGAGAAACCGGCUCGCUAAAGACCGCGAAGCCCUCGCCUGCCAGAUAGAGCGGGCUUUGAAAGCCUCCCUCGACUCGGGCAGCGAAAAGGUGGAGCUGCUGAGGUCCGCCGUAGACGCCAUGUGUCAGGAGGAGGCGGCGGACGGGCGAUGGGCGAACAGGAGCCGGCAGCCUCCGGCCUGGAGGCCCAGCCGCUGGAGGGAGCGCCACAACGUAGUCCUCCGCGACCUGGUGGAAGAGCGGAUGGAGAGUGUAGCGCCUCCCAAACCCCGGGCGGAUCAGUCUUGCAUGCAGCAAGACUUGUGCGAGUUGGGCAAAAGGGUGAAGGAGGAUCUGCGGAGGGUGGUGCAGGAGGUGAAGGGUUGCUAUCCACCGGAGUUUGAUAUCUGCAAGCUUUACGCCGUCUUCUACCACCAGGCCUUCGGCGCCAGGCUGAAGACGAUCGCAGACUUUAUGCUGGACGAUAAAGACUCCACGUGUCUUCUGCGUUGGGCGACGGUCCACUAUCGAAACAUACUGGAAAGCGGGGAACUGGUCAAUGACAUCAGCUCUGAAGAGCUGGGAGAUCUGUUACCUGAGGAAAUGCUUGAAGUCUUGGAGGAACAGUAUCUAACCAAAACACAGGUGGCUUUGCAGACUUGCAUUACCAAGGUCCUGGAGGAGGAAGAAAAAGUAUGGCAGACUGGAAAGGAGCCUGAGAAGCAGGAUGGCAUUUUCAUCAGUCCCUUGGCCAUCGAUGUCAUUCAGUUCAUCAAUGGCGCUGUGCAGGCAGCUGAAAUUGUUUUGAGAGGCAAGUGCAAGGCCGAGCCACUGACAUGUCUGCUGAAAGAGUUCCUACAAAGCUUCCAGAAGUACCAGGACAAUGUGCUGAAAAGAAGCUCCGCAAACAGCAAGUCGGUGGUGAUGGCAAACCUCAUCUGUGUGGAACAGUUCAGGGAGUACAUAAGUAAGAAGCCAGAGCUCUUCUCAAAAGACGUGGAGGAGAGCUGUUUGUCAGUCUUAACGGCCAUGAAGAAACUUGGACAUGCAUAUUUAUUAAACCCCAUACACAAGGAAAUGAAGCCACAGUACAAAUCCCUGGGAACAAAGAACUGGCUGGAGAACCGCUUGUUGUUUAAGAAGGUGCUAGACAGUGUUGAAGGACACAUUCAGGAUCUCCGGGGACUGACCCCUCCCUGUCACCAGGAGCUGAUGGGCCAGCUGCAUUUGGAUGUGACAGUGGAGUAUGUCAAGAGGCUUCUGAAACGGAACGUCAAGCUGAAGAACAAGGACAUACAGCGGCAGGGGUCUGAGGCCGUGUCUGAGGACGGACAAAGACUCCACGAUUUGUUCGCCAGAGAGGGUUCGAAGGACGACUGGUUGAACUACAUCCUGCCCAAGAUUGCCGAGUUACUGAGACUCCAAGACCUUUCUGCCAUGCAGAUGGAAGUCGCAGUUAUGGGGGCAGAGUAUCCUGACCUGAGCACGAAGCAUGUCUCAGCUCUGCUCAAGCUCAAGAGCAACAUGAGCAAGGCUGAUAGGAAAAAAGUGAAAGAAGCCCUCCUGGAUGGCGUGACUGGGAACAGCCGCCCAGCUGCAAGGCCAUUUUUCUCUAACGUGCUGCUGAAAUGAAAGUUGUUAUUAAUUGUCUGCAUGCAGCCUUCACCGGUGACUGAUACUCUGCUGUAAAUGUUAAUGUUUUUUUAUUCAUCAAAAAGAUCAUUAUUUUUCACCUGUCGAUAGUGUAUUAUGUUGUAAAUUUUAAACUUGAGAGUGGUUAAUAUACAUUUUUGAAAAUUGUAUAAAAUAGUCAAUUUACGUGCAUUACAUUUACAUUAGAUGGAAUACAUAUGCAUGAAUGAGAGGGAGGACAGUGGAAUGGUGAGGAUGCAAGGAGUAGAGAUGAGUGGCGAAGGCAUAUGAGUUUAAAUACUUGGGGUCAACUGUCCAAAGUAAAGGGGGGGGCAGAAGAGAGGGGAAGAAAAGAGGUCACGCAGGGUGGAGUGGGUGGAGAAGAGUGUCAGGAGUGAUUUGUGACAGAAGGGUACCAGCAAGAGUUAAAGAGAAGGUUUACAAGAUGGUUGUGAGACCAGCUAUGUUAUAUGGUUUGGAGACAGUGGCACUGAUGAAAAGACAGACGGCAGAGCUGGCAGCAGAAGAUUUUCAUUGGGAGUAACGAAGAAGGACAGGGUUAGGAGAGGGACCUCUCAGGUUGGACGGUUUGGAGAGGCAAGAUUGAGAUGGCUUGGACAUGUGUGGAGAAGAGAUGCUGGGUAUAUUGGGAGAAGGAUGCUGAAUAUGGAGCUGCCAGGGAAGAGGAAAAGAGGAAGGCCAAAGAGGAGGUGUAUGGAUGUGGUGAGGGAGGACAUGCAGGUGGCUGGUGUGACAGAGGGCGAUGCAGAGGACAGGAAGAGAUGUGAAUGGAUGAGCCGCUGUGGCGACCCCUUACGGGAGCAGCCGAAAGUAGGAGUAGUAGUAGUUUUAUACAUCAAAAAGCUCAUUAUUUUUCACCUGUCGAUUUUGUUAUGUUGUAAAUUUUAAACUUGAGAAUAGUGAAUAUAUAUUUUUGAAAAUUGUGUCAAAUAUUAGUCAUUUUAAGAUAUAUGUCAAUCAAUCAAUCGAUAGCUGAUGAUUGCUUAUGGCAUGAAGCAGGCCUGUACUUUUCUAUUAAAGCAUUUACUUGAA